GCAGGCAGGUAAGGACUCGCGCGACUUCCACCCGCGGCUGAGAAGACUCACGGACGCUGCCGCCGCCUCCUCCUCUAUUCAUCCCCCGCCACCUCUAACCGCCCGGUUUCUCGGUGGAACCUCCGGAGGAUUGCGAAACCCGUGCUUGGAGGCGAACUGGGGGACCAACACCGCAGCUCACGGGCUAAAUCUGCGAGUCUCGGCGCGCCGGCCUGACGCGCGUCCACUCCACCUCGACUCGCCCCGUCACCUCGCCCCCCCGUCCCCGCAGCCGCCUUCUUCGUCGCCUUGGCCCGUGGAUUGUGAAGGUGACCCAGGGCCCUCGAGCGGCCACGUCCCGAACACCACCAGCACCACCCCCCCCGUGCAGCUGCUGCUGCUGUUGUUCGUCAAGACCGAAGGUGACGUCUCUUCCUCGAGUCAUGAGCUCCACCGCAGUCGGCACCCCGAGCUACGUGGUGCUGCUGUUCGGAGCCACGGCUGGCUCCCAGGGGGCGCGGCUUGGCUCGGACGAGCGCGAGAUCGUCCUCCUCGUGUGGCAGGCGCUGGACGUCGCCAGCGGCAAGCUCGGCAGCAUCCACAAGGCGCUGGUGAGGCCCGACGAUUCGCCCCUGUCGGAGGAGUGCAAGGAGGAGACGGGCUUGAGAGAAGAGGAGCUCACCAAUGCCGACUCUCUGGAGCAAGUCCUGCAGAAGGUGACGCUCUCCAUCAGCAACGAGCUCAACGCGGGCCUGGGCACCACCUUCUGCCUGUGCACGGACGGGCAGCUCCUCCUGCGGCAGACGCUGCACCCCGAGACCAACAAAAAGAACGUGACGCUGCCCGAAUGCUUCUACUCCUUCUUCGACCUGCGGAAAGAAUUCAAGAAAUGCUGCCCCAACUCCACCGAGCUGCGCGAAACGGACGUGGGAAGCAUGGCGGAGCACCUGAGCGUGGAGAGCGAGCUGCCCGAGUUUGGGGUUUCCCACGUGCGGCUUAUGGGCCGGAUCCUGCAGACAAUUCUCACGGAUCCCUACAAUCACAAGCUGGACGAGCCGGAGAGGAUCACGCACAAGUUUGAAUCGGGGACGUGCAAGACCGAGCUCGUGGACAGCAACACCGUGGUGAAGGCCCGUGGCCUUCCCUGGCAGUCAUCCGACCAGGACAUCGCCAAAUUUUUCCGCGGGCUCAACAUUGCCAAGGGCGGCGUGGCGCUCUGCCUCAACCCCCAGGGUCGGCGCAACGGCGAGGCGCUCGUGCGCUUCGUGAGCGCCGAGCACCGGGACCUGGCGCUGGACCGGCACAAGCACCACAUGGGCAGCCGCUACAUCGAGGUGUACCGUGCGACCGGAGAGGAAUUCCUCAAGAUCGCUGGAGACGGUCUGUUCGUGCAUCCGUUCGAUUGCCGGCGCGCAGGCACGUCCAACGAGGUGGCGCAGUUCCUGUCGCGCGAGGGCCAGGUCAUCGUGCGCAUGCGCGGGCUGCCUUUCGCCGCCACGCCCGACGACGUGCUGGCCUUCUUCGGGCCCGGCGUGCCCGUGUCGGGCGACCGCGACGGCGUGCUGUUCGUGCGCCACCCCGACGGGCGGCCCACGGGCGACGCCUUCGUGCUGUUCGCCGGUGACGACAGCGCCCAGGCGGCGCUGCGCAAGCACAAGGAGACGCUGGGCAAGCGCUACAUCGAGCUGUUCCGCAGCACAGCCGCCGAGGUACAGCAGGUCCUGAACCGCUACAUGUCGACGCCCCUCAUCCCCAACGUGCCGGGGCCCAUCCUGCCCAUGAUCCCUCCGCCGAUGAUGGGCGGCAGCGUGCGGGACUGCGUGCGCCUGCGCGGGCUGCCCUACUCCGCCAGCAUCGAGAACAUCCUCGAGUUCCUCGGGGAGUUCACGGCAGACAUCCGCCCGCAAGGCGUGCACAUGGUGCUCAACCAGCAGGGCCGCCCAUCGGGCGACGCGUUCAUCCAGCUCAAGUCGCCGGAGCGGGCGUACAUGGCGGCGCAGCGGUGCCACAAGAACCGCAUGAAGGAGCGCUACGUGGAGGUUUUCCAGUGCUCCGUCGACGAGAUGAACCUGGUGCUCAUGGGGGGCUCCCUGAACCGUAACGGGCUGUCUCCGCCUCCAUGUAAGUUACCACGCCUCUCCCCGCCGGGCUACGCGGCGUUCCCGGCGCCGGCCACGAUGUUCCCCGGCGACGCGGGCAUGUACCCGCCGCAGGUCCUCCUGAGUCCGCGUAACGCCCCGCCGCUCCCGAACGCCGGAGCUGGCCACGGCAGCGCCGCGGCGUACUACCAGCCGGGCGCCACCGCGCAGCUCUACAUGAACUACACGACGUACUACCCGAGCCCCGCGGCCAUGUCGGCCAUGUCGGCCAUGUCGCCCAUGGCGCUGGGCUACCUGGCGGGCCCCGGCGGCGCCAUGACCCCGCCGCCGGGAACGAUGAUGCGCAUGCCACCCAUGCCCUACGGCGCCGGCGGAGUCAAGGAGAUCCUCAACUUCGUGCAGGGCUACCAGUUCCCCCACGACUCUGUGCUGCUCUUCUCGGACCAGCCUGGCGACGGCCUCAUCCCGUUCCCGGCGCUCACCGGCGCCACGCCGGCGCUGACCGAGAAGCCGCACAUGCACCACCACGCCAACCACGAUGUGGACCUCUACCUCAUGUAGAGCGCUGCGCUCGCUCGUCACGGCCACGUGUAACCGCCAACAGGCGCUCUCAAACUCCCCGUCGGUUGCCCGCCGCCACCCCUUGUCCGGCUUCCUGCCCCGAAACCCUCUUUUGUUUUGACGUCGUUCUUGACGAGGAUAUAUUUUUUGUAACGGAAUUUUCGAGCGCCGCUCGCCGUCGAGCUGCUGCCGUGUGCCAGGCCCGAGGUGCCGAGCGGACGCGAGCGGUCGGGCACCGUGGUCGCGCGUCGCGCCGGUACGGUCGGUGGGCGUGCGAGCGCCUGUGUGGCGCGCCGGCAGAGGAAGUGGCCGGAGUGCUGUUGUACUGAGAGUUGGUUUGUGUUGUACCUGUAUGGGGAGAGUGCCUGUCUGACAUACCUGUACGGAGAGUGGCUGUGCGUGUUGUACCUGUACUGAGAGUUGAUUUGUGCCACACCUGUAUAGACAGUGCCUGUGUGUGUGUGUGUGAGAUAUACCUGUACACUGGAAACUAUAACGGCAGUGCCACGUCAGGGAACGCGUAAUGAAGGGAAACACUCGACAUGAAGUGCCGCCGGUCACCCCAGUGAACGGACGAGUCCCUACGAGUCCCUUCCCUGCGGCCCAAGGAGAGAGGCGGCACAUUUGCAGGACAAGGGGGCGGCGAACAUCGAGGUCACGCAGAAAUACGGAAGGGCCCCUGUCGCGCUCCUCAAGUGCCUUGGCUCCAAGCCAGCGUUGUAAAUUCCACAUUCCCAUGCCAGGUGGCAGGAGAGGGGGGGGGAGGCAAUGCAAUCUCUCAGACGACCAAUGUUGGCUUCUCACAAAGUUGUACUCGUGUUUAUCUCCCUCCCCACACCCAGGAAUAUUGUGAGGCCGAGUCGAGGUCUCUCGUCACCGUGCCAGCUGUUGAAACACUACGAGGGGCUAAUGAAACGUGAUACGAAUUGCGUGUGUGCGUGUGUGUAUAUAGAGAGUGCAGUCCUAUUUUUUGUUUUGUUUAAAGUGUCGUCUACGGUCGCGUCACUGAAUUGCCAAAACACUGAGGACCAAAGUGCGACGAGCUCCAAGGCGGCCCACGGCCGUAUCCCGGCUGCAGCUCGGCGCGUGAGACUUUAUAAAAGUUAUUUUGGACAGGAGAGAGAAAAAUUAAAAAAAACUUUACGAUUUAUGCAAGCAUCUGUUUAUGCAAGAAUAUAAUGUUUAAAUAUGCAAUGUUAACGGUUUGUGUGUACGCACACGCAGUCGGCGUUUGGCUUAAACCGCAAAGCUUUUUGUACAGUAUUGUUUGUACUGUAGCACUAGUACUGCAUGAGACCGAUGCCGCAGAAACUCUGAAAAUUCCAACGUACAGAAUUAUUUAUGUCGAGUAUUUUUGUUUUAGUUUUUUAGUUUUUGCCUUCUGCUGCAUCAGAAGUAAAUCUUUACACGGUUUUUUGUAUUCGCAUUCCCGUCGUCACCGUUACUUUUUCUCCGAGACGCAAAACGGCCCGGAGCGCCGCGUGCGUGCGUCCUCCUCCUUCGAGCAUGAGAACCAAAUUAAUAUCGAUGCAUGUUUAUCUGUUUACAUAUGUUAUAGUCGCUAGCCUCUGUUGUAUGUUUUACAAUCCAUAUGCAUGUUCAAGUCUGCGAACCGCCACCCCCCCCAACCCCUUUUUUUUAGAUCCCCUCCACCACUGCCCCCCAUCCCAUUUCUUAUUUUUUAUUCCCCCCCCCCCCCAAUUCUCAUUGACGGUAGUUACUUAGAAAUUUAACUUGAAUAGUGAAAAUCGGAAGAGGAAAAAAAAGUAAGCAAAAAUAUAAUAAUCAGUACGUUUCUCGCAUUUAAGGCACUACUAAGACGACGUGAAUUAGCGUGUCCCGUUCCCCUACGAUGCCCGCGUAGAUGUUUGUUACAGGCGACGCCACCUCGUUGUAAAGUGCAAUAGCAGAUGAGACACUGAACCCGGCCGGUGGCCGCACUGGGGGCUCCCCGUGCGGCCGGUGGCCGUGAUGUUUAUGGUUCAAUUAGCCCAGCAGCGCCGCGCGCCCACCCAACCCCCCCCAAUCGCAACUCUUGAACUGUUGUGUAUACAAAGCCAUCGUUUAUAAUGAUAACGCCGUAUGUACUAAUAUAACAACACAGUAGAUUUCAGUAUAAUUUCUCUUUAUAUUGCAUAUCGUUCAAUAAAGUAUUCCUUCGUAAGAA